CACGAGUACAGCCUCCUACAAGCACAGACGCGAAAGCAGUCUUAGCACCAGGGCCAGCAUGAGCAGCGAGCACUCACGCGUACUUCCUUUGCCACAGCAGCAUUCACUACCGAUAUCAGCCUCAUCGCCCUUCCAACUCCAACGAACCACGACGAGGGAUUCAGUGAGACCGCGCUCGCAGAUUGCCAACGACAUAAUCUCACCGCCCAAUAUUCGCAUCGGCGGCGAGACGCGCACUUUGGGAAAUGGCGGUGUGUACUAUCCGGCAUUUGGCCAUCCGCGGUUCGCACUGGCCCAGCCGCGGCGCGUGGUCACUGUCAAUGGAAGCAUGCCUAUUCUCAACCAGCAAGAGCCGAUAAAGGAGGAGGAAACAAAACCUACUAAACGCAACUUUGUGCACCAAGAAAACGGGAGCAACAGCAGCAUCAGAAGCAGCAGUGCUGUUGCCAAGCAGGCAAACGGAUUGGCCGCUAUCAAGCCCAAGCGGCGCAGCAUGGCCAUAGGCAUCAGCUCCAUACUGCCCCCGCAGAGAAACUCGAUAGUCAGUAAUGGCAGCACCACAGGGAACAACAGCGGUCUGGGAGGCCCGCGCGCGCGACCAAUAAUCGGCCUCGGCGUGACCCUCAACCCAGCCGACGCCCUGGUAACACUCCAGCCGCGCCGCCGCAGACUCUCGCAGCCGCGUCUCCCAUCAACACCGCGGCCCGGCGCUGCACUCUCCCCAACUAGGCCAUCAAGCUACUCGGUAACCAUCUUGUCCCGGCGGCAGCUGCGGCUGAACAGCAGCAUCAAGAAAAAAAGCAGCUUGAACAACACCAUCAUGUUGCAGAACACGGCAGUCAGCAAGGGCGCCAACAACCUGCCGCUCGAGGAGAUCCUGGAAAAGGUCAGCUUGGACCAUUCAGUUGCAGACGGUGGCCGCUCGUUGAUGAGUCCUGAUGAAGUACAGCGAUCGCCGGUGUCGCUCAGCGACCCGCACGGGUCGCCGCGCUUUGCUGAUCCCGAGCUGGUCUCGACAGCUGACUUUAAGCGAAGCACCCCGGCGCUGCCGCCCGUGGCUGAAUUCAAAGAGGACUUUAUUGCAGGCGUCGUUCCGUCGGCUAUCUGCAUCGACAGCGACAACGAGGACGAUGAUAUUGGAAAUAUCAACGACCGGAUGCCUUCCCUGGACGAACUGCGCAGCAUUGUUACGCGCCACUCUGCCCUGCCCAGUCUGCGUGGUUCAAUGGAGCCGAAUGCCUGCAAGCAAUCCCUUAGGCCGCUGCCGGGCAGCAACCCAGACCAACCGGCACAAGCGAUGCAGCAGACGCAGCAGACACAGUAUGCGCUGGCGCCAGUGGAACUGUGCUGCCUCUUGUGCUUUGAACGCGUGCGGAUUCCUAAGAAACGCAGCCAGACAAUGCGAUGUCCCGGAUGCGCACACCCAUUGUCCCAGCUC